AUGGUCAUGUCUCGGUCAUGCAAUUUAUCAUCUUUGCCACGUUCUCAGUUCCACUUGCAUAGUGAAGAGAUCAGGGAGAUAGGUGGCUAUUUCAUUGUUCACGGGAAAGAGCGUGUCCUAAGACUUCUUAUCAUGGCGAGGCGGAACUAUCCCUUGGCUAUUUCUAGGCCGACUUUCAAGAAGCGUGGACAUGGCUACACUGAGCGUGCCAUUGUGAUGAGAUGUGUCAGGGAAGAUGAAUCAGUGUCGAUUUUGAUGCUUCAUUGGUUGGUGAAUGGAGAACCAGCCUUAGCAUUUAUAGUGGAGCGCGAACAGUUUCUAGUCCCUGUCUCCAUUAUACUCCGAGCUUUAGUCAAGAAAACUGAGUUCGAAAUUUUCGAUGAUAUUCGACGUGGCAGUGGAGAGUCCCUCUCUCUUGAAGAGAAUGCUAUGCGGAUUCUUAUGCGUCUGAAAGAUGAAGAAUAUAGUUCACCGACUCGAGCUUUAUGUUAUUUAGGUGGGCUAUUCCGCAAACGAAUGGAUGUUCCUGAUCGAUUGUCAGACGAAGAAGCUGGAAAUUUCUCCUCAGGGAAUACAUUGCAAUUCAUUUGUCAUCAUUUUCAGAUAAGUAUCAUAUACUCUGCUUUAUGA